CCUACUCCCGUUAGUCAGGCCCGCCCCGCCGCAGGCUCCGCCCCCGCAGCCCCGCCCUCCCUCUAUUUCAGGGCUGCCUUCCAGCGCAGCCGGGGCCACGGAGUGCUGGUCAGCGGGCGCCGAGAAAUGGACCAAUUUUGACAAGAUGUAGUGCUGUAGCACACCUGGUCCGACAUGUUAAGUCAUGGCGUCCGAACUCUGUAAGACGAUCUCUGUGGCCAGGCUGGAAAAGCACAAGAAUUUGUUCUUGAACUACAGGAAUCUGCACCAUUUCCCAUUGGAGUUACUGAAAGAUGAAGGGCUGCAACACCUGGAGAGGCUCUAUAUGAAAAGGAACUCUCUUACCACCUUGCCAGAAAACCUUGCUCAGAAGCUUCCAAACCUUGUGGAACUGUACCUACACUCAAAUAACAUAGUUGUGGUUCCGGAAGCCAUCGGGUCCCUUGUGAAACUCCAGUGUCUGGAUCUCAGUGACAAUGCCUUAGAGAUUGUUUGCCCAGAAAUUGGUCGUCUGAGAGCUUUACGUCAUCUUCGAUUAGCUAAUAACCAGCUACAGUUCCUACCUCCAGAGGUUGGCGAUUUGAAGGAGCUGCAGACACUAGACAUUUCUACCAAUCGUUUGCUAGCUUUACCCGAGAGGCUUCACCUGUGCCUUUCUCUGCAGUACCUCACUGUGGACCGCAAUCGGCUAUGGAGUGUGCCGCGCCAUCUCUGCCAGCUUCCCAGCCUCAAUGAGCUCUCCAUGGCUGGAAACCGUCUUGCAUCUUUGCCACUUGAUUUAGGUCGUUCUCGAGAACUGCAGUAUGUUUACGUGGAUAACAACAUCCAGCUGAAAGGCCUGCCAUCGUACCUCUACAACAAGGUCGUUGGGUGCAGUGGCUGUGGCAUCCCCAUCCAAGUGUCUGAGGUGAGGCUGCAGACCUUCUCCUCUGGGCAGCUGACCGUCUUCCUGCCGGCCGAGGUGAAGGCCAUCGGCACGGAGAACGAUCGUGUCCUGCCUCUGCAAGAACAGGCCAUGCGGUGUCUCUACCACACCUACCACAGGCUCUGGAAAGAUCUGAACUUUUUGUCUCUAAUCUCAUUACCCAGAAGUCUCCUGGAGCUGCUGCACUGCCCCCUGGGCCACUGUCACCGGUGUAGUAAGCCCAUGUUUACCUUCGUCUAUCCCAAGCUUUUCCCCUUGAGAGAGACGCCGAUGGCAGGCCUGCACCAGGGGAGGACAACUAUUGGCUUCGUGGCUUACUGCUGCUCUGCCCAGUGUCUGCGGGCUUUUGACCUGCUGAGUUGAUAAACACUCUACAGUCUUCAGAGCACUGCCAGCUCGACACUGCAGCUGCCUGCUGUCGCCCAGUGUGUGUGGCCGGGCCAGGAGAGUCCAGCCAGGCAGAACAGACCCUUCCAUCCUGUCCUGCCCAGUCCAGCGCGGGGGUUGGGGGGGUGGGGGGGCAUGCUGAACUCUCUGGAACUGUCCUGAUUGGCCUUCACAACUGAGAGGCCUUCACGUUGGAAUAUAUCCUCCCCCAAAUUAAGGACAUUUUGUCUUCUGUGUUUCUUUUUAUGUGAGUGUCUCAUACAUAAACUAUUUAGUCAGAUGAGCUUCCCCACAUCUAAUUUAAAGCGAGUUGCAGCUCCCUGAAGAACUCUUAAUUUGAUAAUAGAACCAAAUUAACUGUUGGACGACAUACCUUUGGUGAUGAUCCUCUGCUUUUCUCCAGAGGAUUAUUUCCCCUCGAGAUUAUUUUAUUCUCCGUGGCUUCUCCAUUGGAAACUUGUCAGUUUCCAGAGUCUCCUAUGGCCCGUAUGGCCUCAGCAGCCUGCACCACAGGGCAGGGCGCCCAGGCUGGCUCAGCGAGGCUCCUGUGGAGGGACAGCAGGCUCCAGGGCCACGCCCUCUGGAAAGUUCCUGUCUUAUUUCUAAGUUUUGCAACCUACGAAGACUUUUUUUUAAAGAGGGAUUUAAAAACAAAAAUGUAGACACUAAUUAAAUACACUCUUGUUCUAAACUAUUACAGGAAAACAAGUUUUGAAAUGUUCGGGGUCUUUUUGCUAAGAUUUUCUUACAUAAUUGGGAAGUAUGAGGCCUCUGAUCCUCCGCCAUGGAUGGGACUUCUUGUUGCUUACUUGGUGCAUGGAACUGCCUUUAUUUUACUUCUGAAUCCCCACCAGGAAGACAGAAGGAAAGAAGGGGUCCACAUUCCAUCUCCAGCCUCGCAAAGCCCAUGAGCUUUCCCUCGCCAGAGAGUCGCGCUCUGUGGGGGAGUCAGGUUUGAUCUUCUCUUAAAAGGAUGGCAUUGUAAUCUGCUUUGCUUCCAGAUGUUCAUCUGGUUGCUGUGGAGUGGUUCUUUUUUUGGGGGUGGGGGGGCAGAAGUGCUGUUUUAGUGGUAUGAUUUAUAAGACAAGGUUAAAAGGAGAAUCAGGAAGGGUUGCUUGGUGGAAAAGCUUUUUCCCCAAAAUUUGGUUGAUGACAUUUUGUUAGCUAGCCUAACUGUAAUUCUAAGCUCUAACAGUGCCAAAAAAUCCUACAUAGUUACUGACAAAUGUGUGAUCUCUUUGCAGUCACACCACCUGCUGCCCAAAAGGCAGACUCUUCAAGUAAUGGCAGAGGCAGAAAGCGACCAUGCAUGCCAACUGUAGCAUCACUGUUCCUACUUCCUCCCGUCCCUUUCAUAACUUGCUCUGUUCAGCCUUAAUAUUUCAAAGGCCUCGAGUAUAAUAGGAACUGAGGGUCCGGAUCAGACGGACCACUUCUUUCAUCCUUUGGAAUAAUGGAAGUUUCAGCAUCACCCCUACAUGUAUAUAAGUUAGAGGCAGAAAAAUGGAACCUGAAACUCCACAUAUGUGCUUGGCUUAAGCAACUACUGGCUAUCACAUGAGUGACAGUAAGUACAUGGCUACAUGUUUGGAAGUGGAGCUAGGAAACGGGCCACCCUGAUACUCAGGGAUUCUCAUCGAGAUAGGCUUGAGAUGCUUUUGUUUUAAUCUGUUUAAGUUCUGAGAAAGGUGUUUACACUCCGGCCUCCUCCCUACCUGCUAAGAACUGCAGUGUAUUGAUCACCGGCCGGCAGGGGGCCGGGCAGACAGGCUCUAGGCUGACAGUCGUAACUUUAGAGUACAGCAUCUGAAAUGAUGAGAAACAGAGCUUACGAAGUUGUCCCCUGGUGCUUUCCUCAUGGAGACUUUGUGCUGUACUCACCAAUGUCAUGUCAAUCUUUUGGUUUUAUAAAAAACAGUUGCCUGUAUGCUGUGUAUUCCAGCUGUGUCCAAAGCUUUAGGGGAAAAAACAACAAAACAAAAACAAGAC